CCGAGGCGUGCCCACACUAGAGUAUUAACUGUCUGCAGACUCGCAGAACAUCAUUUUACAAACCACAGAUGAUCAUAUCACAUGCAUUUUUCAUCAUGUGAAAUAAUGCAUGAUUUGUCAAAAUAACUUAAUAAAAAUAAUGUUUUAUUUCAGUAGUAUAUAGAUUAGUAUCGCUGUUUUUAUUUAUAAUUUGGAAUGUUCUUAUCUCAUAAUGUUCUUAAAACUCUUGAAGACAGUUUCUUAUGCAUGUAUUUUGAUAUUUUUGUGGCAUCUGAUUGGUGUGUUUGGUGAUGAAGUGAAGAUUGUGUCUGUGAAGGAGGGAGAUUCUGUCACUCUACACCCUGAUGUCACUCAAAUACAGAAAUUUAUUGAGAUACGGUGGACGUUUGGAGAUAAAGUUAUAACUAGAUUCGAUUUAACAACUCAACAGAUCUCAAAUAGUGAUAGUGCUGAGAGAUUCAGAGACAGACUGAAGCUGGAUCAUCAGACUGGAUCUCUGACCAUCACAAACACCAGAACCACAGACUCUGGGUGUUAUGUAUUAGAGAUGUAUGAAAAAAUAUAUUUGAUGAAGACCUUUGAAGUUACUAUCUAUGCUCCUCUGUCCCGUCCUGUCAUCACCAGUUACUGUCCUUCAUCAUCAUCAUCAGUGUAUGGAUGUGCAUUGUUGUGUUCAGUGGUGAAUGUGAGUGAUGUGACUCUCUCCUGGUACAAAGGAAACAGUUUAUUGUCCAGCAUCAGUGUGUCUGAUCUCAGCAUCAGUCUCUCUCUACCUCUGGAGGUGGAGUAUCAGGAGAAAAACAGCUACAGCUGUGUGAUCAACAAUCCCAUCAGAAACCAGACCACACAUCUGGACAUCAGCAAACUCUGUCACACAUGUUCAGAAACUAACUAGCUGGCCAUAACUGUUAAAGAAAAGUAAAACAUAGGACACUGCAAAUCAGGACAUCUUUUCAACUAACCAUUUUAAUUUUUAGACCAGUCUGAGGUAAUAGUCACAAAAGUAUACAAAAACUGUUCAUUAAAUGUGUCUUGAUUAAACUGUGUUUUAAUUAAAUGUUUGAAGUGCAUAUGUUUGUAGCCCUCUCUGUUGAAGCUUUAAUCCGAUUGGUCGUCUCUGCUCUGAUGGGCGUGGCUGCUGCCGCUGCUGUGGUUGUGCUCAUUUAUGACAUCAGAUCCAGAAAAGUUGAACACAGGAGGAGAGAACAGACAAAAUGACCAGACCACAAUAAAUCAUCUGAUAGACUGUCUCUCUGUCUCUUUUAAGGGUUUUUUUUUUAUUUAUUUUUUUUUGCCUUUGUUCUGUUUGCUAAAAUGAUAAUAGAAAUUUCUACCUGGGCCCCAUGUAAGAAGCACAGUCUAUAUUUAGUUUUCUGUGAUGUAUUAAAAAAAAUGUCGUUAAAAUUAAAUGUGUGCUGGGGCCAGUGAAAAUCAUGAAAGGGCAAGAAUGAGAACAAAUCUGAACUACUGCCCUAAAGGCUUUUUGUCUAUUGUCUUUAUAAACCCUGCACAAUUGAUUUGCUUGAAUUUCAGAAAAAAUAAACUGAAAUUGCUUUUUAAUCAAGUUGUUGUUGCAAGUCAUGUUGUAAUGUUGCAUUCAAUACCCAUUAAAUACUCAAUU